AUGAAAAGCAUAACAGCAGUAACAUUCUUGGCACUCUGUUUGACCGUAGCCGUUACGGCGAGUAGCAAGUCCUACUACGGGAAGACCAAGCCGGCCAAUCUUACGGAUGAGAAAGUGACACGUGUCCGCUUCUAUCUCCACGAUAUCCUCAGUGGCCAGAACCCAAGCGCCGUCAGAAUCGCACACGCCAACCUCACCGGCAGAGCAGAUUCGCCGGUGGGAUUUGGAAGCCUGUUCGCGAUAGACGAUCCGCUCACCGUCGGGCCGGAGAAAGACUCCAAGGAGAUCGGAAAUGGCCGUGGGAUGUACGUCUCCGGGAGCAAAGACAUUAAUAAGUUCACGAUCGUCAUGUAUGCCGAUUUGGCGUUCACGGAGGGGAAAUUCAACGGGAGCUCGAUUAGCGUGUUCUCGAGGAAUCCGGUGGCGGAAGAGGCCGGAGAGAGAGAGAUAGCAAUUGUCGGCGGUCGAGGGAAAUUCAGAAUGGCGAGAGGUUUCGUUAAAAUAAAAACGCAUCAGAUCGACAUGAAGACCGGCGAUGCUGUUCUCCGAUAUGAUGCUACUGUUUAUCAUUAUUAA